AUGCCAGGUCAGGACCCUGCCCCGUAUGAAGAGGAGGUCAGAAGGAACGGGUAUGCGACGUCUUUCGAGAGGCAGACUAUUUUCCUGACGGGCAGUACGGGCUCGUUGGGAGGAUGUAUCCUGUAUAAGCUGGCAACGCAGCUUCCGACGCGGAGGAUCUUUGUUUUGGUCCGUGGGUCGUCGGACCUGGCCGUGCAGAAAUGGAAGAAGACCAUGCCAGAUCAUACACAGGCGAUUGUGAACACGAAGAAGAUACACUUCGUCAUUGGGGAUAUCAGGAAGCCGGACUUUGGGAUCGAGGCUGGUGUGUUGGAACAAUUGCGUGAACAGGUCACGCUGGUUAUCCAUGCAGCGGCGAGAAUCAAGCUGGAUGCGAACAUCUCUGAAGCGCUUGAGAAUAACUGUCUGCCAGCGUUGGAGCUGGCUCGGAUUGCUUCACGGUUCCGUCGACUCAGGCUCUUCAUUCAGAUCUCCACGGCGUAUGCGAACAGCUUUCUGCCGGAUGGCCAUGUUGCUGAGCGACUGUACUCCAUAUCGGACGAGGAUCCGGAGGAGGAACUGGCAUCCAUACAAGCGACUGGGUUCUCACCUCAUACGGAUCGAUUUUCUUCAUCUUAUACUCAGGCAAAGAAUCUCAUGGAGCGUCUGACCUUCAAGCGGUACCCGACGUUGCCGGUGUUAUUUGUCCGGCCGACAAUCUUUGGCCCGGCCGUCCGAGAUCCCUACCCGCUGUACGGGCCUGAAGACUCGACUCCCCUGACCAAGUUCUCUACUCUUUAUUUCGAAGACCAGGGAGGUACGCAGGUCUGGCACGCCGCCGAGGGUUACAAAAGUGGUGCAAAUAUCUUGGAUGAGAUUCCCGUGGAUUUUGUGGCCAAUGCAUGUCUUCUACAUGCAGCUGCAGGAACGCGUGGAAUUGUUCACGUUGGAUCCCAACUAUAUGUACGGCUAACGUUCGACGAAAUUCUGGCCAUAUGCAGGGCCCAUGCCCCAGAAGAGCUUCAGAAAGAGUUACCAACAAUCGUUUUCGUGGAAGACCGGAGUACUCCCCAGCAUAUCCUGGCAGAGCUAGUCAAGGUGGGUACACGGAACUGGCUGUUUGAUUGUGGGCGAUCAUACUGGCUGAAGCAACUUGGAGGCCCUUUGAGCUUAGCCAUCUGUCAGCAUGACUCAGAUAAGCUUGCCGCGGCACGGACAAAAGUGGCUUAUGAGAAAGUGCUGAGGAGGACGGGCAAGCUGUAG